AUGGAGCCCCUCACCUGCCCGGCGACAGACGAGGAGAUGGUAGAUGCGCCCGACCUCCAGCCGUUUACCGAGGACGAAGCUGCCGCGCUUUUUCUUCAGAUGCAAAGCUUUCAGCGUCAGUACAAAGAAGAGGGAUACAAGGCCCCUGACGAUGCGUCCCCCAAAGAGAUCGAGCUUGCCAUGAUUCGCGGCACCCUCAACUUUCGCGCUCGCGAUAUCUCCACCACCUUGUUCUACAACUUCGUCGCAUACCCGAUGCCGAGCCACUGUCUACCCGCUUCCGAUCCAACCACACUGCUCCUCAGAGAGUAUCAGCAUACUCUCACCACAACGAACGAGGCGUGGCAGCGUCUGAUCGAGAAAAAGCUGCGCCGCCGACACUUGGAGGACCAGCGUCGCCGUCGAGAGAUUCGUGAGCGACACGAAAUGACUUCGCCGGCCGAAUAG